AUCAAUCCCAUCACUGACGUUUCUCCGACUUUGACCACGGUCACUGGGGAAAGCUUGAGCCUGUCUGGCAUCUUUACGCUACUUCUUUUUACUACUGGAACAUUAUGACUGCUCUCACUACAUCUAGUCGUUUCAUGCACACACUCCGUUCGCGCAUUUCUCCUCGAGCGCUGUCCUCCGUAAACUAUUGGUAUCCAAGACUUAUGACCACCACGGCAACACGUCCUUCGGCUCUAUCUUCCUCGCGGCAUCAAUGCCCACGUUCAUUGAGACCACGAACUCUUCAUGAUGCUUCCUUACGUACUUCUCUACAAAAGCGACAUCAAUCUUCCACUUCCCCAGCUGCUGCAACUCUCCAUGACCCUGAAAGACCAGAUCUCUACUACCACCUUUUCGAACCACCUCAUGCAUUGUCACAUUCCCAUCCAGUAUUCGCAUUAUCCUUCCUUGAUGAACCACCAGUGGACGUGCUUAGCCCUACGGUCAUUGGUUGGUUGCCGGUGCUUUCUGAAGGCUCGCAAGGGUUGAAUGACUUUACUGAAAACGCGGCGUUCGUGGAGCUCUUGCAGGAAGCUGUUCGGAGUGGAUUGAAGGAUGACGUCGAUGAUAUUCAAAGGAACGGCGCGAUUCAAACACAGGAGGGCUGGAUGCACAUUCAUGACGAACGGAACCCUCCUCCCCUGGGUCGUAUUGGUGAUCCCGAUGAUAUCAUUGGCUCGGUGAGGAUCGAGGGUGGCAAGGUUAUGGCGGAUACCUACCAAGCAAUGCCAUCCUAUCGAGUCUGCACAUCCGACGGAGUCCUUCGUCUCACCGAAGGUCUUGCAAAUCGACUGAAGGAACUGCUAGAACGUGAAGCCAAGGCGGAACGAUCAUAAAUGCCAUGGUUUAUCCUUCGCCGGUGGCCAGGAGAGGGAGACUGAAAAGUACCAGCAGAAUACUCUAUGAUUACGCUAAAGAAUAUAUCCUAAUCACGUCUACAAUACAUCGAAUCGUCCUGA